GAAAAUGAGAGCAUCUCACAGCCCUCAUAUCAGUCAACAAACCCAACUACAAAAGGCCCCCAAACCUUCCCUCCUCCUUCCCUCCUCAUUCUCUCAUUCAGACAUUUUCACAAACACCUUGCAACGAAACGUUUCGAUUCAUUCUAAACCAUGGCUAGACCACAACAGCGAUACAGAGGGGUUCGACAGAGGCAUUGGGGCUCUUGGGUCUCCGAAAUUCGCCACCCAUUACUGAAGACUAGAAUUUGGCUUGGGACAUUCGAAACGGCGGAGGACGCAGCUCGAGCCUACGAUGAGGCGGCGAGGCUAAUGUGCGGCCCGAGGGCGAGAACCAACUUCCCUUACAACCCAAAUGCGUCACAAUCGUCGUCGUCAAAGCUACUUUCAGCUACUUUGACAGCCAAAUUGCACAAGUGUUACAUGGCUUCACUUCAAAUGACAAAACAAGCUGUGCAAGAGCCUCAAAGAAUUCAGGCGACACGCAGUGGCGGUCCCGCCAGCGGCAUUUUGGGAAAUGUGGAGGACAUGGGUGGUUGGUCGCAGGAAAAAAAACCAAUGGUGGUGGCGCCACCACAGCAGGAGGUGAAUUGGGUUAUGAAUACUAAUACUAGUAGUAGCCCGCAAUUCAAGGCUCUUGAGGAUGACCAUAUUGAGCAAAUGAUUGAAGAGUUGCUUGAUUAUGGGUCCAUUGAGCUAUGCUUUGUGCCAUCUCAAGCUAUCUAGGCCAAAACAUCCCCAUCACCCCCCUCCUCUCUCUCUCUCUCUCUCUCUAAGUCAUUCUACUCGCAUAAAAAUUAAUUACAAAAUUGGACAGAACCCUUUCACGUAAGUGUGGGACCCAACUCGUGUGAAAAGGUUAUAUCCGACUCUGUGAUCGGUUUCUAUGUUCUUAGACAUUUCCUUAGUUUAUGUUGCUAAUUAUGCUCUCUCACUUGGCUAAUUUAACCCAUUUUUCUCAGCCUUUUUAGAACUUCUUCAAGUGUAUUAGAUCAUCCUCUCCAGUUCCUAGAAUUCCUAUUCUAAGUGAACCCAUUUGAGUAUUACAAUUAUGUGUAUAUAGUGUAUUAUGUUCUCAUAUAUGAUGCCAUUGUAUGACUAGUUCUAUCUUUGAUUAAGGGCAAUGUUGUUCAGAAUAAAA